AUGGCCAAGGGUGGGAAUUCACAUAGGAAUACAUUAAAGAAUGACCACAAGCCAUUCAAAUCAAAACAUGCAACCAAAGGACAAUUAAAGAACCAGUACAAGGGUAAAGUUGAAAAGACAACAUCAUCCGGCUCGUCGUCCAAACCUUUGAACAAACAGGCAAGAAAGAACUUGGCCAAGCAAUUGAAAGAGAACAAGAUCUUGGAAACUAAACUUACGAAAAAGUUGUUUGAAGGUAACUCGGGGGCUCAAAAAGUGAUCACCAUCAUAUGUUUGACCAAAGAUAUAUCCCCAGUUGACAUCGCGUAUCAAUUGUUUAACCAAGAUGAUGAUAACAAUACCGAAUUUGCAUACCCUGGCGUUACAAAUAUUAACGUUGCUAAAUUCAAAACAAACUUGAAGAUUGUGCUUCCGAAUCAUGACAAUGUAUUGCAAAUACUUGAUGCUGCAAAAGUAUCCGAUUUUGUCAUAUUUGGAGUGUCGGCAAACGAAGAAGUUGAACAAGGCUACGGAGAGACAAUACUACGUGCAUUACUAGCACAAGGUAUUGGAUCUGUAAUCGGUGUAUUGCCAAACAUAGUAUCAGCAUACCCUAAACGCAACCUUCAAUUGGAUAUUAAACAAUCGUUGCAAUCAUUUUUCAACCAUUUCUUUCCAGCUGAGGAUAGGUUGUAUGCAUUAGAACUGGAUUCUGAUAAUGCAAACUGCCUAAGAUAUGUCUGUCAAAAGUUCCCUCAACUGGUAACGUGGAGAGAUUCUAGAGGAUGGGUAGUGGCUGACACAUUUCAUAAUGAUGAAUCUUAUGAUGGUAUAAUUAUUGAAGGAACCUGUCGUGGAACGGGGUUUAAUGUUAAUAGAUUGGUCCAUAUACCAGGCUAUGGCGAUUUCCUAGUAGACAAGAUAGAGAAAUUGAGCAAAAGCACAGGAAGGAGCCGAAAUGAAAUGCAAAUUGACGGUGAUAUCGAGCAAUCGUACUUACCAAAUGAGAAUCAAGACACCUUGGACGAGUUGAAUCCUGAUUUCCAAGAGGGGCAAGGUGGCGGUGAUGCUGAUAUGUGGGACGAUGACUUUGGCGACGAUGGCAUGGGCGUCAGAUCGGAAGGUAAGAUCUAUUUCAACGAUGAUGGCACGAAUAAAAGUAACCCCAAUAGAAAGCUUCCCAAGGGUACUUCCGAAUAUCAAAGUAGGUGGUUUGUCGAUGACGUUUUAGAAAACGCAUCUGACUUGGAAGAGCUGGAGGAGGGCGAUGAUGAUCAUGUAGACGAAGAAGUCAUGGAUGAGAACCAAGACAUUGUUGACGAUGCAGCCACCGAGUAUGCUGAAUCUGACAUGCAUAUUGAUUUAUCACCAGAGGAAGAACAACGCCAGUUGGAAGAAUAUCGUAAUGCCGCUGCCCGGGAAGACUUGGAAUUUCCAGAUGAAAUAGAGUUGCAUCCUAACGAAUCAGCAAGAGAAAGACUUAAAAGUUACAGGGGUGUCAAAUCAUUGGCAAAUUGUGAAUGGGAUGCAGAUGAGAAUGGAUUGGAGAAACCAAGCGUAUGGAACCGUUUACUACGUAUAGCAAACUUCAAGGCUACUCGAAACAAAGUCAAUAAAGAGUUUAUCAAACAGAUUGAAGUACAACCUGGAAAUAAGAUGAGAUUAUUUGUCAGGGCACCAAAAUACAUUCUCGAACAAGUCGAUGUCACUUCCAAACCAUUUGUUGUUUAUGAGUUGCUCGAGCAUGAGCAUAAAUUGGCAGUGACAAAUUUCUCUUUCGAGAACUGGGAAGAUUACGAAACACCAAUUCAGAACAAGGAUACUAUAGUUGUUCAAUACGGUCCACGUCGACAAGUUAUAAAUCCAGUAUUCAAUCAAGCCUCAAACAAUAGCAAUAAUGUACAUAAACAAGAGAAUUUCCAACAUCCAGGAAUGAUGACGAUAGCCACUGCCAUAGCACCUGCUUUAUUCACCAACUCGCCGGUUAUAUUUUUUAAACCUGGCGAAAACGGUUCCGUGCAGUUCAUCGGGAAAGGUACCUAUUUGGGCUGUGACCACACACGUGUUGUUGCUGAACGUAUAGUCCUCACUGGGCAUCCAGUCAAGAUACAUAAACGUGUGGUGACUGUGCGUUAUAUGUUUUUCAACCCCGAAGAUAUCAACUAUUUCAAAGCAAUUGGACUUUUCACUAAAUCAGGUCGACUGGGAUUCAUUAAGGAAAGUUUGGGUACCCAUGGUUAUUUCAAAGCCAACUUUGAUGGGAAGUUGACAUCGCAGGAUGUGGUGGCCAUGAGCAUGUACAAGAGAGUUUGGCCAGAGAUAUCGAGUUUGUAUACUGAAUAA